AUGCCACCCGAAGCGCCAGUGGAUGACUCUGCCGCCCGACGUACUCGGCCUGGGAGAAAGUAUACCUCUAGAGCCUGUGAGGAAUGUCGUCGUCGCAGAGCCAAGUGUGACGGGGCUCGCCCGACUUGUUCUCGGUGUCUGGACCGAGGGGUGCGCUGCCAGUAUUCCACAGCGGAAGAUGGGCGGCAGCCUGCUCCCAAGUCAUAUGUGGUGAUGCUGAGGAAUCGGAUUCAGCUCCUUGAGCGUGUCCUUCAUGCCCAUGGGAUCGAUACAGAUGCUUCGAUCGCCCAGUUGUCGGCUACGAAUGACUCCCCAGGCCAACCACCUGAUUCUAGCGGUGCAGCGGCUUCAAAUGUCGACGAUUUGUGUCUGACCUUCGAUGGUGCACUAACCCUGGAUGAGUCUCUGAACUUUGAUCAAGAUGGUGAAGUCAGAUAUUUUGGCCCGUCUAGUGGUCGAUUGCUAUUUCGGUCAACAGGAAACGAUGCAGAUUCACCCAGCGAGGAAGCUUGCAAAAUCGACGCCUACUGCACUGGAUAUUAUACUGCGGAUUCAGAAUCUUCCGCUAUUCCAUCGCAAGAAAAUGACUCCCAACUUCAACUUGAGACGGAUACUCUUUGUGACAGCUGCAUUUCAGAAGAACUUCAAGCCCACCUGAUCGAUCUGUACUUUGAAUGGGAACAGCCAUGGUUUCAAGUGGUGAAUGAGAAACUCUUUAGAGACAGUUUAGCCUGCGGUGGCGGUCGAUAUUCAAGCCCCUUGCUGUUGACAUGCAUUCUCGCGUUAGGCUCAAGAUACUGCGACCGAAUUGAAGUACGAUCCGAUCCGACUGAUUCAAAUACAGCGGGCAAGAGGUUCAUUGAGAGGGCUGAAAAGUUGGUCCAACAUGAUUUACGAUGGCCGAAGAUUACGACAAUUCAGUCUCUAGCCAUCAUGGGCUCGGUCUAUAUUGCAAUGGGGUCAGACGCUGCAGGUUGGCUUCACCAAGGAAUGGCCAACCGCCUUGCUCUUGACAUGGGUUUCAAUAUGGACCCGGCAGUUCUCGCGGGAGCCGUAGCUCUUCCAGCCAUCGAGAUUGAGCUGCGGAGGCAGAUUUACUGGGCUCUGUACUGUCAUGACAAGCUGUCUGCUAGUUAUACUGGGCGAGUAUGCACGUUGUUGGAGUCUCAAGGCGCAGUGAAAAAGCCCUUUCUCCAAUGCGUCUCUGACAUGCACUUGCCAUCCGCAGAUGGUAAUCUACGGGGUGCAUCACAGAAAACCGUUGUACAGCUACACCGGGCUAUGAUUGAUCUGUGCCGGAUUCUGGAGAAGAUUCUUCUAUCUCUGUGGUCUCCCAAGCCAUUACUCCACGCCCAUCAUCGAUCCGCCUUUUUCGACUCUUGCGUCCUCGAGCUCAAAACUUGGUACUACGACCUACCCUCCGAACUGAAAAUUGAACGACCAUCCGGGCCGUCACGAUUCGCCCAUACCUAUACCCUCUACAUGGUCUAUCACACCACAUUCCUCCUCCUAUGUGGCCCCUUCCUCAGCGGUAACCCACCACCAAAGAACGAAGAACCAAACAAGUCCUCCGAACAACACGAAACAUCGCCAGAAAACCCCACGUCUCAAAAGGCACUAACGGCCUGCUGUGCUUCAAUACGAUCAAUGAUCUCUGUCGCCCAAAAAUACCGACAGACAUUUGGCAGUUUCAAACUCAGCCCGGUAACGGCAACGUACUGCACUUUAUCUGCAGCAUUGAUCAUCAUCGAGAAAUGUUGUUCUCUGGAGAACUAUGGCAAACCCAGUCCCCCAGAAGAAAGUGUCCGAACACUCUCACCGCAUGCAGCAGCGGGGCUGUUCUUCCAGGUUCUACGGGAGCUGUCUACUUCCUGGAACAUUGCAAAGCGCAUAGGUCGGAACUUGGAGAAAGUUUACUGUGAUCGCUUUGGACAGCAUAUACCAUCUCCACCGAGCGAUUACUGCCCCCCUCCAUGUCCUAUUGCAACCCAGCCAAUGGAUUCGAAUCAGGCAUUGGUAUCUGGGAUAAUCCCCAUCCAGGCGUUUGAUGCAUUUUUUGACCCGAAAAGCCUUACUAUCGAGGAUCCUAUUCCGCGUUGGCCUGAAAAUCAGAUACCUGUUUACGCUGAAAAUGUCCUGGGUCAACAAUUUGGACCUACAUUUGAUGGGGUUAAUAUGGAUUUGCUUCAGAAUCUUCCGAACUCCGCAGAGCUUUUUGCCAGUGGUCAUGGCUUUGCGUUCUCGCCUGAUUGCCUGCCGAGUGAUUACAAUAUGUUUGAUACGCUGAACCAGAUGUAUUUAGAAGAGACGUGGUGA